ACAUUUUAAGACAAUAAACAAAUUAUAGUUUUUCUUCAGGUAAGUUGCCUUACAUUCUACUAGUAAAAUUUGCUUCGGUUUGUAGUAAGCUUAUACUUGCAUAGUAUCAAAAGAUUAUUCUGGGUAGUCAUGUGGAAGAUGGCAGAUCAAUAAGUAACAAGGUACAGAACCUCUCUGAGAGAAACAGCUUAGACACUAGCAUUUACCAUCAUGGAGCAGACCAAAUGAAAAGAGAGGGAUUCUCUUUACCCAGGAAGAAACUAAGGAAAAAGAAAAAGAGAAAAAAAGCAAGAAAAGAAAAAUGCAGACAGAAAGCUGGAGCCAGAGGUGCUCUCACCAGAGCAGGCCCAACUUGUUGGCAUGGCGCUCUCACUGGAGCUGGUUGGACUCACAUCAUGGCACUCUGAGCCACAGUCAUGCUGAAUUCAGGGGUUAGCGAGCCCAACAGAGAAGAGAGCCGGCAUGGAGACCUGCACUAACCUGUGGACUAAUGUUGGGCGCAGGUGCUCAUACCCCACCCGGGACUAAGGACCAUGCCAGCUUCUGCAAUGUGCUACGUCCCUCUCCAAAUUAGCCACCCUGUGCUCACUUCGUAUUCACCACAGCUGAGUACAUUAGCCAGAGCCCGCGUCUCAUUCCAGCCCUUCCUCCUCGUGCCAGCCCUCGUGGCAGCCUGAUUGGCUACAGUCAGAUAUAUAAGCCAGAACCCGCAACAAUAAAGUUGACAGUUCCUGUUACCCACCUGAAGCGUCACCUGUCUCAUUGGGGGGCUGCGCCGGUCAACUGGUGGCCCGUACGGGGAACGCUGAGACCCUCUCUCCGACAGUAUGGGGAACCAACCUCUCUCUCUCCGAUAGAACAGAGCGUCUACAGGUAAAACCGUCAAGUGCCAAGAGCGGGGGCUACUCGUCGGGCGGGGGCUGACAAGUUAAACUGUUCAACAGGCAGAGAGUGCUGCCGGGCCGGAUAUCGGGGGCUAUCGGGCAACCUUGGGCGGACGCGUUGCAAGGGAUUGAGGAGCUCGUAAAGAGAGUUCCGGGAGCCGUAAAAAGGCGGGAUUGAGGAAUUCGUAAAGAGAGUUCCGGGAGCCAUAAAAAGGCGGGAUUGAGGAGCUCGUAAAGAGAGUUCCGGGGGCCGUAAAGAGGCCGGUUUUGGGGGCGCUGUAAAGGGGCGUGGGGACUAAGCUGUCCCUGUUACAAAAAAAAAAAAAAAAAAAAAAAAAGGAAAAAGGAAACAAAAAGAAAUAAAAAGAAACAAAAACAAAUUCGAAACUUCCUCGAUCAGGUCAAUAAGGUAGCACCUUGGUUUGGUCCCACGGGGUCUGUUACCAUUCCCAGCUGGGAUAAAUUAGGGAGAGAUCUUGACUUUGCAGCAGAAAAUGGCCUCCUGGAGCCAGGAGUCAGACCCUUUUGGGCAGUAGUGAGGAGCUGCCUCGAAGAUGCCUCUUGUUGUGACCAUAUAAGGGCUAGCGCCAUGGCGCUUGGUCACCAUCAGGCAGAAUCCUCCCGCGAGCAAUCUCCCAAGCCCAGUGUCACAGGCGAGGUGACUGUAUCCAGCCCAGAAAGAGAGGACUUGUCAGAAAAUGAGGGGGAGGAAGAAGAAGUACACAAAAUGAUGGAUGUAGACACCACCGAAAGAGGGGAAGUCACACACACGCAGUCGAGAGGGCCCUACUCUGAGGCCAUAAAUGAGCUGCAACACAUGAUUUCUCAGAGUAAAUGGGUCAAUGAAAGCGAGUAUGGGGCCCCAGGGCCACCCCAUAUAAGACCUACGGCUCUACCUCCCGACCCACCAGAUUAUCAUGUUUACCCGAGACCCUGCCAUCAGCUAUGUAGCUGCCCGCAACGGGUCCAGACGUCCCUUGGGACAUUCCAGGAAGACCUAUGGCAUCAAGUCAUAUUAGGACAAGGGCAGUAUCUCAAUAACCAGCUGAUAUUUCUACAAGAGGUGUACGCACAGAUAAAUAGAAUAGCCAUACAAGCAUGGAAACGGGUCUCAGCUAGGGGAGAAGUCUCAGGCCACUUGACAAAAAUUUUGCAGGACCCGAGCGAGCCUUUUUCAGAUUUUGUGGCCCGCAUGAUGGAGGCGGCAGGGAGAAUUUUUGGGGAUGCUGAGACAGCCAUACCACUCAUUAAGCAGCUCAUUUUUGAGCAAUGUACUAAAGAAUGUCGCUCUGCCAUUAGUCCAUACAAAAAUAGGCCUCUUGAGGCAUGGGUGAAACUCUGUCAGGAGAUCUGGGGGCCAUUAACCAACUCAGGUUUGGCGGCCAUGUUAAUGAAGCUAACUAAAGAAGGUCAGGGAGGCAGAGUGGUGCCACAGAAUGGCGCCCGCCCGAAAGAAGGCUGCUUUAAAUGUGGCAGACAGGGACAUAUUAAAAGAGACUGCCCAUUUUGGGGACCCGGAAGAGAACAUCUCCCUUAGGGGCAGCCUUAGGGGCAGGAGACCGCAUCACUCAGAUGCUAGUUUUACCCAGCCGUCAUGGGGACUAUCCAUCAUUGUCUGGUAUUAGAGGAGACAGAGGAAAGUUAGGCCAUAUCCAACCCUCAGACAUGGAAUUCCCUAUAAUUCUCAGGGCCAAGGCAUAGUUGAGCGUGCUCAUCAAACCCUCAAGUCUAUUCUGUUUAAACAAAAGGAGGAUAUUGCCCAGGGCAUGACACCUAGGGCCAGACUCCAACUCCCCUGGUUAGUAGCCUCCUUUUCCCCUCCUUCUUGUAUCUCGUAUGGCCCUUGCAGCCAAUGACUUUUCUAAAUUGCUCCACCCCAACCUGUUAUGUGUUACAAUGUUGGGAUAACAGUGCACUUUCAGCUGUCGUUGUGCAGGUACUCCA